AACACAAGAACUUCCAAUUUAUUGUCAAAUUUUGUUUAUCAUAGUUCUUUGCAUAUUAUUAUUAUUAUUAUUGCAUGUUAGUGUUUCCUUCCUAGAGUUGAUGCAUGCUGAGAGAAAAAAGAUCAAAUGGGAGAUAAUCAUCAAAACAUCCUAAUGAAAAAACACCUCCAAGUUACAAUGAAUAAAAUCAAACACUUUCCUAUUUUGUGUUGGAAAACCUCAAAGAAAGUGGGAGCUGAAGAUCCCAGAAGAAUUAUCCAUUCUCUCAAAGUUGGUCUCUCUCUCACAUUGGUUUCUUUGUUGUACUUAAUCCAACCAUUGUUCCAAGGCAUCGGUAACAAUGCCUUGUGGGCUGUCAUGACCGUCGUCGUCGUCCUAGAGUUCACCGCCGGGGCAACUUUAUGCAAAGGGCUGAACAGAGGGUUAGGGACAGUAUUGGCAGGAUCCUUAGCAUUUUUCAUUGAGGGUGUUGCUAAUAGAACAGGAAAAGUUUUUAGAGCUUGUUUCAUUGGAGCUGCAGUUUUUCUUAUAGGAUCUGUAGCAACAUAUAUGAGAUUCUUUCCAAAAAUAAAGAAGAACUAUGACUAUGGAGUAGUGAUAUUUCUGUUGACGUUCAAUCUCAUAACCGUAUCGAGCUACCGCGUUGACAACGUCCUGAAAAUUGCACACGACAGAUUCUACACCAUUGCCAUUGGAUGUGGAGUUUGUCUGUUGAUGAGCCUAUUGAUCUUCCCAAAUUGGUCAGGAGAAGAGCUUCACAAUUCAACAGUUCUUAAGCUUGAAGGUCUUGCUAAAUCCAUUGAAGCUUGUGUUAAUGAGUAUUUUUUCGACACCGAGAUCGACGAGAACAAAGAGAGUUGUUCAGGGGACCAAAUUUACAAAGGAUAUAAGGCAGUUCUUGAUUCAAAAUCCACUGAUGAAACUUUGGCAUUACAAGCAAGCUGGGAGCCAAGACACUCAAGCCACUGCUAUAGAAUCCCAUGGCAGCAGUAUGUGAAAUUGGGCGGCGUUCUUCGACAUUUCGGUUACACGGUCGUUGCUCUACAUGGCUGUUUGCAGACUGAGAUUCAGACUCCGCGAUCAGUUAGAAUCCUUUUCAAAGAUCCUUGCACUCGAGUAGCACGAGAAGUAUCAAAAGCAUUGAUCGAACUUGCAAACAGCAUACGAAACCGACGACAUUGCUCACCAGAGAUCCUCUCAGACCAUCUCCACGAAGCCUUACAAGACCUAAACAAAGCGAUAAAAUCGCAGCCACGCCUUUUCCUAGGCUCAAACAAAAACCAAUCAAGGAACAUGCUAGCAUUGGCAGCAGCAGAAGCAGGACAAAAGCAGAAGGAAAAAAAACGACAGUCAGGCGUAUCGUUGUCAAGCGUGAAAACAGAUUCGUCAGCACUGAUGGAAUGGAAGACGAAACGAGCAAGCGAACAAUCAAGGGAGGCAGAGAGGAAGGUGUUGAGACCACAGUUAAGCAAAAUAGCAAUCACAAGCCUUGAAUUCUCAGAAGCACUCCCAUUUGCAGCAUUUGCUUCUCUUCUUGUGGAGACAGUGGCAAAGCUUGACAUAGUUAUAGAUGAAGUUGAAGAAUUGGGAAGAAUUGCUUGCUUCAAAGAGUUCAAACAUGGUGAUGAUGACGAUAAAGAAGAACAUAUAACAGUGAAAUGUGAGAAGCCAAAGAUUAAUGUGACUCAAAAUCAGUUAUCUUCUGUUAGUGGUGCUGAGUAGUUAACUAAUUAUUAUAUAGAAAAGAAGUGCUUAUGAUUAUAUAUAUCCAUAUUGAAUAUGUGAUUUGGUUUUGUUUUGUUGUUCAAAAAUGGCACUUCAAAGUAGAAUUAAUCAAAACAAUCAGUUUGUAAUAUCAUUUUUCAGUCUUCUGUACUGAUUCUACCAAGAUUUUGAAUACUUCUUUCCAA